AUGUUCUUAAGCAGAGAUUAUCAGGUAGACAGAUGGCUCAAAAACGACGAACGCGACCAGACUGUAAUACGGGCUGCUCUAUGGUUCCAUUUAAGACACAUCCCGACCUCAAUCACCCCCACUCCCCCCAUCCCCCGACAACAACCCUCCUUCCGAAAGGCCUCCCACUGUAGCCCCCAGAUACCCCAGCCCACCCCGACCCCUCCGACCAGAAUCUCCGGCAGACCGACGGAGAAAAACAACGUCUGCACGGCGUGUUACAUUCACGGAAGAGCAAUUUCUGGGUUCCGUUCGCCGCUCUCAUCUAGGUUCUGUUACAUCUGUGGACAUGUGGUUCUUCCAGACCGUCAAGCAAAAAUCACGAAUUUUGUGAAGAAAGCAUAUCAAGCUUACUUUGGAGUCAAACUAGGGGACCAGGAUAAGCCAUUCGCUCCACAUAUCUGCUGCAAAACAUGUGCAGAGAACUUACGGGAUUGGAGGAACAAGAAAAGGAAGUGUAUGCCAUUUGGUGUCCCAAUGGUGUGGAAGAGUAUGCCAUUUGGUGUCCCAAUGGUGUGGAGGGAAGGGAAAGAUCACGUUACCGACAGCUACUUUUGCAUGACAAAUCUAAAAGGCAUCAAUCGCAAGAACAAGCACAAUGUUCAAUACCCUGAUGUUCCUUCUGCCAUAAAGCCAGUCCCCCAUGGCCCUGAUCUUCUUGUUCCUGAGCUAAAUGUCACCAUGGAAUUUAGUUCUGAUUCCGAAUCUACUGAGUGUGGUGCAUACAGGCCAGAAGAGGACAACCAACUGGUGCCUUUGACCCAAGCCGAACUCAGUGACCUGACACGAGACCUGAACCUUUCCAAGGAGUCUGCCCAACUACUGGGUUCUCGUCUUCGAGAGAAGCGUCUACUGGCACCAGGAGCAACAUUCUAUUGGUAUCGGGACCGAGAGAGAGAAUUUAGAAAAUCUCCACGUUUGAUGAAGCAUCUUCACCGGUCUACUGUCACGAUAUUGCUGACCUGA